AUGUCGCAUGUGAAAAAGCGCAGCCUGAUGCGCUCUGGCUUUGCUAAUCUUCCUCGAGGACAACAAAUGAUAACCAAUCUUCUUGUUUUUAAAGGACAGGGCAGCAUUACCAAAAUGGAAGAUUCCGGCAUCGCGAUAUCAGUCAAGGGAUGUCUCGAGCUAUUCCGAGCAAUCGCCUUAUUUCGGUUACCCUCGCCUGCCUUGAACUCCUCUCAUCAAACAAUAUUGAUGGCGAUUGCGGAUGAAGAGUCUCGCUUCAAAGUUUGGUCCGGAAAUAUAGGUGCACACGCGUCAGGGAGGAGAUCACUGCAGUUCCGUCUUCGAGACGCUUCUCACUUACAAAAGCAUGUCCUCGCGCUUUUGACAGAUCUUUCGAGAUUGCUAGAGAACGCCUUGGCAAUUAUGAAGGGAGAUAAGGUGCCGUGGGAUCAAGAUGAAGAUGACGACAUGUCAGACAGCGAACCAGACUCGUUGGAAGACGACAGUGGUGAUGACGAGCUUCCAAGAACAGAAAUGGAGCAAAUCGCCUACAAUGUAUCGGAUUGUGUCAAUUGUCUCCUACGAUUAAGUGUUACUCUAAGAAAUCCGGCUCCUCACGAUCGUUUUGCAGCAUUAGUUUCCAUGGACGUGUCACAUUAUGAAUCCUUCGAUAUCAAACACGUGCAGGACAAGUUUCAGAAAAUAGACGGUAUCCUAGCUCAGAGAUUAGGAAAUGCAAUAUCUAGACGACGACAGUAUUUUAAAUAUCGAGAAAGCCAUCACCUGAAGCUCGCUCAUGGCAUAGAUCCCGAAGACCAAGCAGAUGGCAAAAGUACUAUUGCAAGCUCGAUACCAGGCGAUGCCAAGAGCCCUGGUUUCGCUAAUACAUUACCUGCGAUAAAUGAAGACGCUGCAUCAGAUGCAGGUAUCUCUCAAACAUCGUUUGCGUCUUCCCUUACGGACACUGACAUACUCCGCAUCCCACCACUUCCCAGAAGCGCUGAGAUUGGCCCUUUUGAAUGCCCCUUUUGUUUUAUGAUCAUAACGGCUACGAAUCGAAUGUCAUGGAAGCGGCAUGUGUUUGCUGAUCUCCGACCAUACAUCUGCCUCUCUGAGGAUUGCGCAGCAGCAGACAAAUGGUUUUCCAGAAGGCAUGAAUGGAUUUUACACGAAAUCGAAAACCACUGGAAGUCUUAUGUCUGCCCGUACUCAUGCAACGAGACUUUCCAAUCCCGACUUGAAUGUGUAGAACAUGUUCACAAGAGCCACCUUUGUACCACGCCAGAACGUCAACUUGAGGCUAUGAUCGAUCUCAGUUCUAGGCCGAUUCAAGCAGAGGGCGGAAUACCGUGUCCCAUGUGUCAUGAUAGUCUUGAUUCAUUGAAAAAGUAUCAGCGUCACGUCGGGCGUCAUCAGGAGCAGCUUGCAAUCUUUGCUCUCCCCUCUGCAAGCCUUCUGGAUGAUGACGUUGACCUUGAAGACGAUGACAUCCAAAGCCGGAGCGGUAUAGGCUCUGAUGGAGCCAGUUCCGUUGAUGCGAAUCCGAUGCAGCAGCAGCAAAUGAAUGCUCCUGAUGCGGGCAACCAACAACAAUCAAUGCCACUAAAUCGCAUGCAAGGCGAGCUUCAGUUUCUGGUGGACUCGAUGGAUUUGCCUCCCACAAUAGCAACUCAAAUCCAGGGCCUGCCUGCAGAAGUCAAGAAAUUGAGACAUUUGAAGGCUUGGAUCAACCAGAAUAAUCCGCUUCAACCGAGCGUUCGUGCCCAACUGGAUGCUUUCCAACAGAAGCAACUCCAGGUGCUCAUGAACCGGCGGGAUAGGUAUCUAGAGAAUUACCUUUUUGAUGCUGAUGGUAACCCAAUAUCUUCACCAAGCUUUGGUUCAGACGCGAGCAGCGGUAGUUUAACACCCUCGCCACGCUCUGGUCACAGAGGCAUCGAUGACAGCGAUGACGAAAUCCGACAUGCCAAGAACGAAGGCAUGGAUCAUAAUAACUUCGAUCCAAGUCCGGAACUAUACCCUCAAUUCAGCAAUGGUAGAGAAGAGGCCGCAGCUGUAGAGGUUGAAGGUUUUCAGGAAAGGAGUAUGCCACCACAAUUGCUUCAAGUAUCACCUCAGGAGUUGAUGCAUAUUCGAAGCGCGAAACCUGCGUUAGCCAACGUUCCCGAUGAUCAGAUCCGAGCGAUGAUACUCGCAAUGAAGAAGAAUAGUUGGAAACAACAGCUGGAACAGCAACGUCUGAGGAUCCAGCAAAUUCAUGCCCAGUUGCAGGAGAUAAAAAAUGCCACCGCAGCCAAUAUGGCUGGCACCCAGAGCCCUCAAAAGGCCAUACAGAUUCAGCAAUCUCAACCUAAUCUCACUCCUCAACAAACCCAGGCGCAGACGAUGCCUAAUACCAUGAGCCAGACUGCCUCGAUGCAAGCGGUCAACCUGAAGGAGGACAAACAAAUCCACUCCAAAUGGUCUGCUAACUCCUUUGACGACUGA